CCGAACAUGUUGCGCUUCCCCUGAUUUGGGGCACGGCCACGCGACGUGGGUUUGGUGCGGGCCUUGACCAUUGUUUUGUUGUUCUUACUGCGACGUACGUGCGAUUGAUGAGGGACCAGGUAAUGAUGUGUGAUACCGCAGGUAGGGAAGCGCUAUUGGAGGCGGUCGCGGUGCUGUUUUAUCUCCUCGCGAGAGUGCAAAUCUAAGGCCAAAAGUGCAAUCGGGCGGUUGCAGUUUGGUGUGACGUCGUGGAGGAACAAAAAAACGGCGAAGGAGGAACGCGUCGAGCAUUUCGGUAUUCGCCACACUCUUCUCGCUCUCCUUGCCUGGUAUGGACAUCGAGAGCCAGCACAGGCAAAUUACCUUUUCUAAAAGCUUGGCCUUUGAGAAACACAAUGUCAAGGGCAUGAGGAAAUCUUUCUCAAAGGGGAACCCACAGCCCGCGCCCGUGGUGGAGAUGUUGAGCAUGCCGACUUCGACAAAGGCCGAGUCGACGUCACACUCGGUGACGAAUCGAGUAAUUGAGCUGGCAAACCCGGAGCCGUUUGCAGCCACGCACUUGCGAGUGCACCUUGUGGACAGGAGGGGCAUGCCUGUCGAUGUCUUUCGAGAGGAUCGCCAUCGUGUCUGUCAGCGACCGUCACUCGCCUUCAAUGUGGUGAGCCAGCCUUGGAUGGCUGCUGCGCUUCGUCGGGCCGACAAGCUGCGGGUCGUCGGGCCGGAUGCAGGCACUUUGCUCAACAUUUUCCGGCAGGAAGAGUCACACCGCAACUUGCCGUUUGUGGCCAAGGUGACGAUCGAGGGCACACUUGCAUAUCUCUUCCUCGACACUUCUGAGAACGAGGUGCAAGUCUCGCUCCUCGUCGAGCACGUCCCUGCGCCUGCAAUGUCCGCCGCUGACAAGCAUCUUCGAUAUGUGCCUGAUGAGCGAUUCGGGGCGCAGUUUAGCAUGAUGAAGUUCUUUUCGUUUGUCGACAAUACCGAUCCAAUCUUGCGGUCCAUCAACAGCGCUGGUUGGGUCCGUGCAAAGGGCACGAUCAAGCACGUGCACAAGCGGCAAGGCAAGAUCCUGCCCAACAAGUCCAGGCCUGUGGUGCGGGCUAAGAUCAUGCUCGCCCAGAACGCAAGAAAGGUCUUCUCCCAAGAGGCAAAGGCACACCGCGAACGCAGCAAGGUCACGACCUCGCGCGCGUCACCCCGAAACAUGAGCCCGGCCUCGCCACAGUGAUCUCACCGCUUCCAUCACCACUCGUGUGCGACGGGUCGUCGUCAAUACACUAGCUGAUAAGCAAGCACAUGGACAUAGGAAGCAAACACACUAAUCUGCCCGA